UAAACCACUUUUUGAUCACACUGUUGAGUCUUCAAGCCAAAUAUGAAGCACUUUAUCAGGACUGCCUUUUGGAUUUUUACCCUUUUUGGUUGUCUUUUAGCAAUCCCCACACGAUUAAUGGAGGCAGGCUCAACAGACUUGGAUUUUGACAUUGAUAACCUGAUGGCUAACUUUAAAUGUGAACCAGACUCUACUUUUUAUACUCAAAAAAAUUUGAGGCCUGAAUGCAUCACCACAGCACUGAACUGCUUCCAUCAAGAAUUUGACGGAACAGUUCGCGAGGAAUGUGAGGGCCCACACGGAGAAAUAGAAGAUGUUCUAUGUCUCUUGAAGACCAAGAUCAAUGCACGGGAGUCUGCUGGACAUGUCCUGAAUAACUCAACUGCAUGUGCUUGUGAACAGGGUUCUGAAGUGCCUUUCCAUGACUUUCUAAUGGGACUGCAAACUUUACUUUGGAAUAACAAGGAACUUGCAAAACAACCUUGAGACUGAUAGGAGUUUUGUGCAAGUUUAUGCAACUUACGUGCACACUGCUGGAAAUUUAAAGCAGCUCUUCUGCACUUGAAAAAAAUGGACAACUGCACUUUAUGCAGUAUGAGGUGAUUUGGUGGCACGGCCAGUCAUUCUGAUGCAGUUACUGUAAAAAAAAAUAUGAAGAAUGUAUAGAAGCAUGCAAAAGAUUUUGUGAUUUUAAAGCACCUAUCCAUGUUUAAUGGAAUAAUUCAUAAUGCUACGAUUCAGAACACUGCGCAAAAUAUUUGCAUUUAUAACCAUGUCAUGACAAUAUGGAGAUAAGGCAACUAUUUAUACUGAAUGUUAUUUUAUUUUUUACUACAUAUAAACCGAAAUAUUUGUUGUGUCUUAUUUUCCACAAGAAACCGCUGUGAAGUUCUCAGUGUAACUCCAACCAAGAGAAUGUAUUUGACGUAAGCUUCUGUAACCUCUGAAUUUUUAUUUAUAUAUUUAUUAUCUAUUUAAUAUGCUGUACAUUGGUGCUCUUGAUGUGAACAAGU